AUGAUGUUGGUGGUCGGUGCGACAGCUUUUUCCGGAGCCUUCGUUCCAUCGACAGGAACGCAACGAGCAGCCACAACUGCUCAGAGAGCAGUGAGCUCCGUCGAAGGCGUGACCAAAGGCCAGUCCACCAUUCCAACACUCACUGGUGUGGCUGCUAGCCUGGCUCUAGUAGCCGCCCUCCGAGCUCAGAAAAGGCUUCCUCGCAAGGUGCUGACACAGCGAAAGGCCGAAAAAAUUGAGUAUGGUACAGUGGAUGCAGCUGGAAAGAAAAACUAUGUAAAUCCGUGGGAAGAGCGGAUCGACAUCGAAAAAGACUUGCCUCCCGAUGUUCGCAAAAAACCAAGCGGAAGGAAGUUCCGGCCAUACACGGGCCCGGUGUACAAGCAGGUUCCCGUCGUCGAAGGACUGGAGUUUCCGUUGGACCCAAAUCUCUACUACCCACCACUGGAGCCGCCACCUCCGGGGGCCAAGUGGGGUGAUGGACGUUCCCCGGAUGGAAACUGGUACAUGGAUGUUGAGGACGAGAAAGUUCAGUACUGGCAGGGCGUGGGCAAGAGAAAGACGGCUUGCGCCAUUGUGCGAAUCGUUAAGGGCAACGGGCAGUUCAUUGUCAAUGGCAAAGAUGCCAUUACCUACUUCAACCACUACCCGUACUGGUGGCUGAAGGCUUGCGAGCCCUUGGCUGCACUGUCCCAGAAAAACAAGUUUGACAUCAUUGCCAAAAGCUUCGGAGGAGGUGUUAGUGGGCAGGCUGGUGCAAUCCGCUUGGCCCUUGCACGCGCCAUGCAGGACUACAACUUCAAUUGGAGGCCGCUGAUGAAGAAGGCAAAGUACCUGACGCGCGAUUACCGUAUGGUCGAGCCCAAGAAGCCAGGCCAACCAAAGGCCCGCAGGAAGACGCCUUUCCACAAGCGCUGA